AAAUAUGCUUAAACAACGAGCGGCUACAAUGCUACGUAAACAUUUCUCUCGCCUUAACUCUUCACUUCACUACUCAAAUUUCUCGACUCCAAAAGCCCCCAAUACGAAGAGCUUUAUUAUUAACUGCAACACCCAGAUAACCUUAAAUGGAAGAAACGGAAACAUCAAAGAAGCUGAAUCAAUAUUCAAUCGCAUGAUCUGCAAAAGUACAGUUUCCUGGACUGCAAUGCUCACUGCGUACGGGCAGAAUGGCCUAAUUGAAAAGGCCGAGAAACUGUUCGAUGAAAUUCCUCAAAGAAACACCGCUUCGUAUAAUGCGAUGAUCACUGCUUACAUUAAGAACAAUUGUGAUGUUGAUAAAGCAUAUCAAUUGUUUGAGAGGAUGCCACAGCGUAAUGAGGUGUCUUACGCGGCGAUGGUCACGGGUUUUGUUCGGAGUGGGAAGUUUGAUAAGGCGGAGAUGUUGUAUGUUAAUAUGCCUGCUAAGUUGCGUGACCCGGUUUGUUCAAAUGCUUUGAUUGGUGGGUAUUUUAAGACGGGAAGAUUUGAAGAGGCAGUUAAGGUUUUUAAGGGUAUGGUAGUGAGAGAUGUGGUUUCUUGGAGCUUAAUUGUUGAUGGGUAUUGUAAGGAGGGAAGGGUUGUUGAGGCUAGAGAAGUUUUUGAUAUGAUGCCGGAGAAAAAUGUGGUUACUUGGACGACAAUGAUUGACGGAUAUAUGAAAGUUAAAUGUUUUGAAGAUGGGUUUGGCUUGUUUUUGAGUAUGAGAAGAGGAGUUGUGGCGGUCAAUUCGACUACGUUGACUGUAAUGUUUGAGGCUUGUGGUAGUUUUUGUCGACAGUGGGAGGGACUGCAGAUGCAUGGGUUAUUUUUGCGCUUGGGAUUUGACUUUGAUAUCUUUCUAGGAAAUUCUAUUAUUACAAUGUAUUGUAGAUUCGGUAUGGUUCAUGAAGCUAAUAAAAUGUUUUGCUUAAUGAAUAAGAAAGAUGUGGUUUCUUGGAAUGCGUUAAUUGCAGGUUAUGUUCACAAUGAUGAAAUUGAAGAAGCUUGUAGACUUUUUGAAAUGAUGCCAGGGAAGGAUAUAGUUUCUUGGACAACUAUGAUUGCUGGAUUUUCUAACGAAGGGAAUAUUGAGAGAUCCAUUGAGUUGUUCAGAAUGAUGCCACAGAAAGAUCAUAUAGCUUGGACUGCUGUCAUUUCAGGUUUUCUUAAUAAUGGGGAGUAUGAGGAGGCUUUCCGCUGGUUUAUUGAGAUGCUUCAAAAGGGAAUAAGGCCAAACGAGAUGACUUUCAGCGCUGUCCUCAGUGCUUCAGCUGGUUUGGCGACAUUAAAUCAAGGGUCACAGAUUCAUGGUUAUGUGGUAAAACUGGAUAUGGAAUUUUUUUUGUCUAUUCAAAAUUCCUUAGUUUCAAUGUAUUCAAAGUGUGGGAGUUUGACUGAUGCGUAUAGGAUAUUUUUAAAUAUCAAGGCACCAAAUAUUUUUUCUUUUAACGCAAUGAUUACUGGCUUUGCACAGAAUGGCUUCGGGGAUGAAGCUCUUUAUUUGUUUAGGAAGAUGGAAAAUGAAGGGCUAGAGCCAAAUCAAGUCACCUUUCUUGGUGUUCUAUCAGCUUGCGCACAUGUAGGAUUAGUAGAUGAAGGAUUAAACUAUUUUAAAUCCAUGAAAUCUUUAUAUAAUAUUGAACCAGGGCCUGACCACUAUGCAUGCAUGGUUGAUAUCCUUGGUCGAGCUGGAUCACUUGAUGAUGCUAUUGAUUUGAUCUACAAGGAUGCUAUUGAUUUGAUCUAUUCAAUGCCUUUUAAGCCACAUGCUGGGGUCUGGGGGGCUCUUCUUGGUGCUAGCAGAACCCAUUUACGUCUUGAUCUUGCAAAGCUUGCAGCACAACAACUUAUUGAGUUACAGCCUGAUAAUGCGACCCCUUAUGUGGUCUUGUCUAGCUUAUAUUCUAUCAUGGGAAAAAAGAAAGAUGGGGACCGGGUAAGAAUGGCUAAGAAAUCAAAAGGGAUAAGGAAGAGUCCAGGUUGCAGCUGGAUUAUUGUUAAAGACAGAGUUCAUUUGUUUCUUGCUGGAGAAAAAUGCCACAUGAACUUGGAAGAGAUUGAAGAUACACUAAAGAUAAUUUCAAAGGAAAUGAGAGAGUCGGAUUGCCCUAGAUUAUCUCUAGUUAAAGAAGUUGUAUUUAUCUGCUUACAAUGACAAUUGCAAUCAAUCAAGGUCUGUUAAUACCCUUAACGUUGUAUGCUCAGUAAAUUUUAGAAGUAUUUAAAGUUACAAUUGGUAUUAUUGCUAUUCUCACAUGGAAAGAAAGGAAAUGAGACAUGGAGAACGCAUCAAUCAAUAUACUGGAUUCUGGAACAAAUAUGUAUAAAAGUAUAGUUGGGAUCACAAUUUAAGAAAUGUCAAUAUCGUGCCUGAUAGGGUACAAGCACUUGGGGGAAAACCAAAAUGAAGAAAAUCAACAAGUUUUGCCACAGCUUUUAUUUAUAUAUAAAAAAACAGUUGCUGCAUAACUU